ACCAGAGAGACCAGUGGAGGCCUUUGGGAAACCAGAAGAGAUUAUACCAGUAGCAGCAACUUCACCAGAUCAGGAGCUGGUAGUUCCUAUGGUUAGUAAUAGGCCAGUAGUUGAACCUAUCCAGCCCCAGCUAUCUCCAGGUGUAUCCACUGUCAGGAUCGAGGCAGCCUACCCAGAAGUUGUUGAGAGGAACUCUCCUCCUACACCAGUGGAGAUCCUCCCAUCUAAUGCAGGCCAGGACAUCGCUCCCACCCAGUCAGCAGAGGUAAAUGAGUGCCAGAUCAACCCUUAUAUUUGUGGCAUGGGGAUUUGUUACAACACAGCUGAGGGUUACACCUGCCACUGUGAUGAGGGAUACCGCCUGGAUGACGCCCAAACCACCUGUAUAGAUGUAGAUGAGUGUUUGGAAAGCACAUCUUUGUGCUUUGGCGGUCGCUGCGAGAACACAGAGGGCAGUUUUCUGUGUGUGUGUUCGCAGGGAUUCCUUGUCAAUGAGGAGCGAAACAGUUGUUUUGGUACGUACCCUCAACUCAUGCUGCCAGAGCUCGUAUCUUUCUCACACACAUUCCUAUUCAUGCACAAACAUACCUCAACACACAUGCUGUAUGUAACACGCACCCAACAUUUGCAACAGAAACUGAUGUAAUUAGAACUUGGUUAAGUGUGCCCAUACAUCUCGCCCAUCUAACAAUGUUUUUUAUGAAAGUGAGAUGCCUUUUGCUUUUUUCCACUUUGCCCAUCACCUGGGAAAUGAAAACACGUGUUAAAUCAUCCAGUGUAAGUGAUAUAACUGGCCUUCAAUAGGUAAUAAUCGAGACAAAAGCCUAUAGCCUUGCCAAUAGUGUCCCUACUGCCUCCAUGUUCAUUACACUCUACCAGGAAAACCGAAGAUGGAGAUCAGCUUUAUGAUCAUUUUGCUAUAGUCUGCGCUAUAUUAACCAUGGGAUCCUUAAUAAUUUUAAUGAAAUUGACAGUGAAAAAAUGUAUACAUGAAGAAAUUAAAUUACAUUUAAGAAUUGUCCGAUUCUGGCCCAUCUGUGCUGUCAACCCUGAAACAUACCGUCAUCGUGGAUGAGUGCGAAGCAACAGGGAUAGGACCCAAAUGCAGAAGAUGCAGACAGACUGGUACCAUUCAAUGAUAUCUACUACAGUGAAAGUAUGUUUAUUGGCAGGUGCAAGUAAGGAGGCAGUUACAGAUAGAAGUAAAGGUAGGCAGACAGGCAUGUUCAGGUAUAGGUACGGGGUCAGAAUCAUGGCACGGUUCAGGUUCUGGUGACUUGAAAGCAAAGCUACAAAGCACAUGGCAAGGGGAACCAAAGAGAUGGGUGGCCUAGGGACUCGACAGCAAAGGAGCAGGAAACCUCAGACAGCCGGCCUGGAAACUGGACAGGGCGGAGCAGGAGACCUCAGGUGGCAAGCCCAGCAGAGCCAUUGGGCUGGGCAGGUUGGUAGGACGACAAGAAAGUGGGGCGCAGGGCGUAACUGGUGGUCAGGAGGCUGGAGUUCAGGAAAGGUGUAGUUCCUAGCAGGGUGCUGGGCAGGAGGCUGGCAACAGGAAUGCAGAGCAUCUAGGACAGGUGUCGCCAAUAGGCGGACCGCGGUCCGGAUCCUGACUCAGACGCCGUUGUAUCCGGACCCAGGACCUAAAACCGAUA